UGCCAACAGGGCACCUUCGAUCGAUGUGUUGCUGUCAACAAAUUUUUACGAAAUAAUACAUAGAAAAUACAGUUGAUAAAUUAUAAUUUUCGCGAAAACUUUCUUAUCUCCCAGUAACAGUUCAGACAGUUUAAAGUGGCUCAUAUGAUGUUGUGCAACAUAUUAGUGUAAGAGUGAAAGUGUUUUAAGUUGAUUUCGUUGUAUGAUAGUGACGAAGCUGUUAGUCUCAAUCUAGCAUAUGCAAGGGGUUCUUUUACGAAUGUUACGUAAGUGGCGAUAAGGCGGCAUGUCGUGGAUGAAGCGGCCGCAGGCAGGCGCGGUGCCUCCUCAGGCCGAAGCCCAGCCUUACACCACGGCGCAGCCAUAUGGAAAUCAACAGAGUGUUUACCCAAACUAUCAAGGGGCGCCAGCUGCUGCUCAGCCACAGCAGAUGUGGCAAGUGCAGCAACAGCAACAACAGCCCCAAUAUAACCAACAGUAUGGCCAGGUGUAUCAACCACAACCUUUCGUCAAUAACACUAAUCAGUUGUUUCAGCAACAACAGUACAAUCAAAACUAUGCAAUCCAGAAUGUACCAGGCUAUCAGCAGAACUACUACCACAACCAACCACCUCAGCAACCUAAUUUCACCCAAAGUGAGAGCUCGGACAACUGGGAAGACAACUGGGGCUGGGGCUGGGAUGAAGCAGCUAAACAACAGAAGGCAGCCAAUCACGGUGCUCAACAACCUUUGCCAACACAACCACUCAACAAUGCUAAUGUUAUAGAAGAAAGUUUUGCCUCCACUCAGAAUUGGAAUUGGUCUAUGGAAGAUAAAAACGAAAACGAACCGAAACAUUUGUCGGUACAAAACUUUCAGAAAAAUCAAGAUACCAAUUUAGAUGCAGUCAAUGCUGCUAAUGCUGCUAAUCAUAACAUAGCUCCUUGUGAACCUAGUUCACAACUCAGCGCUAGGGAUAUCCAAGCACAGGAUAAUUUAAAUGAAGUAAAAAAUUUAAGUGAUAAAGAAAUUGUGAAGGAACACUUACCCAACUUAGCACUGGGGAAGCGUUUUCAUAUCGAAAACUUAACACCCCAAUGGUCUAUAGAGUCUCAAAUGUCACAGGAUUCAAGUGACGGGCCACUCACACAAUCUGAAGGCACAUAUAGGAGUGAAAAUCAAUCUCGCAAUUCAAGUAAAGGCAGUCCAGGCCCAAACACUGAUACGUCUAACUUUAAUUAUUCACUGUCCGGUUUUAACGAUAUGAGUGUCACAAAUACUGAGAUUUCUAAACAUACAGAUGACUCAACAACAUCUAACUUAGAAAAUAAUAAUAAAAGUGCAAGUUUUGAUGAAUUAGCAAACUCAGUACAAGAAAUGAACAUUGCUAAUCAUGAAAAUCCUACCUCCCAUAUUAACAAUCCUAUCCACAAUAGUGAAAAUGGAAGGGAACUUAAUCAACCAAUAAUGCAACCUUUGCCUCCUGUGUCUCUUGUUACAUCUACAAUGGCAAAUCAGUUUAUUCCACAACAACCUCCUAUGCUAGGCCAUCCGCCCGUGUCGCUCAUUCCUCAAACCUCAUCAAUUACAGCAAUAAAUUCUGUGACCCACCAAUCACCCCCUGCCCAGAUAUUACCCCCGGCUAACUUACCUCCACCUCCUUCAAUUCCCUCAACAAUUAUGCCUGCAUCUUCAUCAGCCUUGUCACACCCUCCUCCCACAAACUUUCCAUCUUCCAGUCAAAAUCCUUUUAAAAGUGCUUCACCCUUUUCUCAUAAGAAUAUUUCUAAAUUACCACCCACCAAUCCCCAACCGCAGUCAUUCCCACCUCAAGUACCAAGCUCUAACCUAGCUUCGCCAGCUGUUGUCUCUCAAAUCCUCCAGCAAGACAGACUAUCAACCAGCUUUGGUGCUAAUUUGGAAACCACACCAGAUAAUUCAGAGAGACCUGAUCAACCUCAAAUGACUAAUUAUAGAUCAUUACUUAUCUCCCAGCAAGUUCCCGAUAAUUUGGAAAUAGCACCGCAGAACGAUAGAAAUGAGUACUUACAGACUGCCCAUUUGUCUACUGGCGAUUAUGGAGAGAAUACGGAUUUCAGUCGCAGCAUUCCUCCGCCGGGUCUGAGGAGAAUGGGAGUAGGACAACAGGAAAUCGAAUACAAUCAAAGUUUAAAUAUAUCGGGUGAUGAACCUCCUCCUGGGUUAGCGAGGAUGGUCCCCGGACAGCAAACUGAAAUCGACAACUCUUACAAUCAAGUUGGCGAUGACGAUUAUAUGGAUCGUCAGAUCGAUGGACAGCCGAUGGAUAACAGCGGUCGACCGUACAGGCAAGCCGACGGUCAACAGACCCCAGGCUAUACGCAAUCUUCUUCAAAUCGGGGAAGUGACAGAAGACCGGUUGGUUUGGACAGAAUGGUUCCCGGAGAACCGAGCAAUGAGGAGUAUCCUCAGUACCAGACUUCUAAUUUUACUGCGGCAAACGAGCACAGAGUAGUGACUGGUGUAGACCACGACUAUCCCAGCGUGUCAGAUGCAGGUCCAUCCGAUAUUCGCGAACAAAACGUCGACGGUUCGGACUACACAGAACCACCUCGAAAUCCUUCACGGAGCGUGAUCGGCGUUAGGGAAGCCAGCAACGCUACUUCCCCAGACUUCAGUCUCUCCGUCGACGAUCAACAACGAGAAAUUACUAUGGAAGGUGAAAAUUUGCAGGACCUGAGUUCGGUUUCGACGGCGCGAGAACCUCCGUACGACGGGUCGACUUCGAAUAUUGCGGAAGCGACCAAAGAGCGAAACCACGACAUCGCUGACACUGCAGAGUAUCCGGUGACCAAUUCGCGGAGACAAUCUCUAAAUUGCGUCACUUCUGGCGAAGACUCCGGGAGAGAACGAGCUUUCAAAGCUUCUCCGAGGAAGGAUAGGGAUAAGAAUAAGUCAACCAAAGAUCGCGAUCGGGAGAGGGACAGGGACAGGGACAAGGACAGAGGCCGAUACUCCCGCGGCGAUAGGAAGUACGAUCGCGAGUCGGAGAGGCGGCCCGGCCGGGACGAGCGGCGCUCGGAAGCGGCUCGGCGGGACCCCGACUGGGAGCGCGGCCGCCGGCGCCGCGACAGCCCCGAGGCGCGGCGCCCCCGGCGCGGCGCUCGCAGCCACCGCGACGAAACCGAGGACACCGACUAUUGCAGCGACCGGGAGAGGAAGCGCAGACAGCACAGAGAGGGUUCAUACACAUCGUCGAGACCGCCGCGUGGUGACGAUAAAGGUCACCACUAUGAUGACCGCGGCGAACGGGGCGAGCGCGGCGAACGAGGCGAGCGCAGCAAGCGUGGUGAACGUAGCGAGCGCGGCGAACGAAGGCGACACAACACUAUGGAAAGCGACCGUCCGUAUGACGAUGAACGAAGCCGCCGCAGCGAGAGACCGGCGAACGUGUCGCGGCGAGACCUCGAAGCGGAGCGGCUCCGAGAGAAGGAUCCCUUCGAGCACAGAUACCGGGACAUCGACACGAAGAAGUACGCCUCGCUGAGACGCAAGAAGGAAUAUAAAGAUGAGGAUGAACGAAGAAAAGUUGUAACGUUCAGUGGCGAUGCCAAGUCUGAUAAGAGUAGUAAGGGUGAAGGGGAGGUGUACUCGUCGGGCUCGCGCGCGGGCUCCCGCGAGGCCACGGCCACCGACGAGGAGGCGGACGAGCCCCGCCGGCGCGCGCGCCGCGACCAGCGCCGCCGGCAGCGGUACCACCAGUACUACGAAGGGUACGAGGCGGGCGGCGCGGGCGCGGCGAGCUGGGACGAGGCGUUGGAGGCGCAGCGGCGCCAGUACGAGUACUACGAGCGGCUGCGGCGCAGCGACCCCGCCGCCUACAUGCGCAUUUACAAGCAGCUCCUCGCGCCGGGCCUGUACGGCUCCGGCUUGUACGCGGACGGCUACGGCCAGCUGGGCUACGAGGCGCGCGCGGAGGAGCGCGGCAGUGUGCACUCCGGCCGCUCCAGCACCAACGGCCUCAAACCCGCGGACACGUACUACGGGCGCGCGCGCGACGCGGCCUCCAUGCGCACUGACUUCUCCGACAGGGAACUGACGACGGACAUGUCGCUCAACUUACACUUGGAGGAGUCCACGGUGCGCUCCGAGCGCAUGACGCCCUUCAAGUAUUCCACCGCGCACAUCAAGGGCGUGCUGGGCGCGCGCGCGCUGGUGCUGGUGCGCGCGGGCGGGGCGGCGGACGGGCGCGCCGCCCCGCUGGCCGCGCUGCCGCUGGCGCAGCUGCUGCGCCACGACGCGCACGCGGCCGAGCUGGCGGCCUACCCCGGCCCGCUGGUCAAGGGCGUGACGCACAAGAAGAGCGUGGUGGAGUACUGCGAGCGGCGCGCGCGCCUCGCGCCGGAAGCGGACGCGGCCGGACACGCGCUGCUGUGGGGCCUGCUCGCUCUGCUACUGCGCCAGAACGGGGUGGUGGUAGGAUCGGACAUCGCAGAGUUGCUGAUGAAAAACACUAAGGAAUUCGAAUACAAGAUCUCGUCUUCUAGAAACACUGAGAGCUGCGGGUCGCCGCGCCCGGCGGAGGCGGAGGAGGCCGCGCGAGAGAGCGUCUCUCCCGCGCUGCACGCACUCAACGAGCCCGCACUGCCAGAGGAAGAAGCGCCUCUGGACGAGCAGGGGGCGCUGGACCGCUUCCGCGAGUACCUCAUCUACGGCGACCGCCAGGAGGCUCUGGAGUGGGCCAUGCGGCGCGGCCUGUGGGCGCACGCGCUGCAGCUGGCGGCGCCGGGCCCGCGGCGCGUGCGCGCGGCCGUGAGCGCGCGCUUCGUGGCCUCGCUGCGCGCGCAGGACCCGCUGCACUCGCUGUACGCCGCGCUGGCGCUGCGCGCGCCGCCCGCCGCCGCCUGCGCGGCCGACGAGCGCUGGGGCGACUGGCGCCCGCACGCCGCCAUCGUGCUGGCCAACCCGUCCGCGCGCCCCGAGCAGGACCGCCGCACGCUCACACAGCUCGGGGACGCGCUGUGGGCGCGCGGGCAGGCGGGCGCGGCGCAGUUCUGCUACGUGUCGGCCGGCGUGCCCUUCGCCGCGCACCCGCUGGCGCCGCUGCAGCGCGCCCCGCCCCGCCGCGCCGCGCCGCCGCGCCUCGCGCUGCUGCUGGCCGACUCGCGCGCCGCCGGCCUGGCGCGCCUGGCCACCAACCAGGCCAUCUUCGCCACCGAGGUGUACGAGUACGCGCUGUCGCUCGCGCAGGACUACGUGCUGGACGAGCUCACGGUGUACAAGCUGGUGCUGGGCACGCGGCUGGCGGACUGCGGCGCGUGCGAGCGCGCGCUGGGCUACGCGGAGCUGGCCGCGCGCGCCGUGGCGCGCAACCCCGGCUACUACUCCGCGGCGUUCGUCCGCGCCGUCGCCGCCCUGGCCGACAGGCUGAAAUACUACGACCCCGCGCUGCAGGACGACGGCGCGGAAGACGGCGCGCUGCCGGACGGCGCGCCGGCGGAGGCGGACGGCAGCGACGACGCGUCGCCGCGGCACCAGCAGUGGCUGCGCGACGUGCACGCGCUGGCGCAGCGGAUGUCGACCGAAGCUUCGCAGCAGAACACGCCGCAACACGUGGCAGAGCCAGUCGCCGCCGGUAACGAGCAGUACGGCUGGGCUGAUCAGGGCCCACAGCAGCAGCAGCCGAUGUCCCAGCAGUACGCGGAGCCGGCCGCGGACGCGCCGGACUACUCGCAGUACCAGCAGCACUACCAGCCGCCCGAUGCCGCGCAGCAGCACUACCAGCCGCCCGACGCCGCGCAACAGCACUACCAGCCGCAGGACGCCGCGCAGUACCAGCCCGACCAGCAUUACGGCUACGACGAGCCGCCGCAGCACUACGGGGACCCCUACUGGCAGCCCGACAGCCCCUACGGGUACCAUGAGAACUCUGGCGGCGGCAGCGAGGCGGCGGCGCGGCCCACCAUCACCAUGCCGGGCGCCGCGCCCGCGCAGCCCGCGCUGUUCGGCGCCGACGACGCGCGCCCGCCCUCCGCCGAUCAAACUGACCGAGAGACCGACACGCCGAAGACAAGCGGCCAGAAAGCUGACAGCAAAAGCGGCGACGCCAAGAACGACGACAAGCGGGGCAAGGGCGGCGGCUGGCUCGGCGGCCUGUUCACCAAGCUGUCCCUGCGCGCGCCCAACCAGAUGAUCCUGCCCGACGACACCAACCCCACCAUCGUGUGGGACGAGGAGCACAAGCGCUGGCGCGACACGGACGCGGGCGAGGGCGAGGCGCCCGCGCCGCCAGCGCCGCCGCCCACCAUGCCAGUCAUGCCCGCGGCCAUCACGUCGACUCCGCUGCAGUCCCCGGGCAUGCCGGGAGCGCCGCCCUCCAACAUCUUCAAAAUGCAAAAAGGACGACAUAUAAAGAAGUCGUACGUGGACGUGCUCAACCCGCGCGGGGCCCCGCCCGCCGCGCCGCUGGCCCCGCCCCCCGCGCCCGGCGCCGCGCCGCAGAACUACUUCAUUCCCGCCCCCAUGCCGCACUCGGACCAGAGUAGCAUCUACGACCCGACGCAGAUGACACCGCACGAGGAUGACUACCGCAGCGGCAAUUGACGGGCGCGCGGCUCCACCUACCAUGCUAAACUAUAUCACUCCGGGAUCCGUACGAAAUAAAGAGAACAGGGUUGUUACACUUAGUAAAUUGUCGUAGUGGUUCAGUAAUUAUCAUUAUAGGUAUCUAUAUUCCGCCCAAUCUAGCUGUAUACAAUCCCUCCCUAAAAAGGAAAACAGGUAUCUGGGGCAAUGUCCGCCGCCUCCUGAAAAGUACAAGGGACCGUGGCGAGAAAAACCAAUGAACAAUAAUUUAACGCCUCCUGAAAGAAAAGUAUUUUUGUUGUGUGAUUAAAAAAUAAAUGCCUAAUAAUUCAGCAUUCUCGCGGCAAAGUUAGUUCAACUUAAUAAAACAAAUGGUAUGUCUCUGUGUGAUUGUUUUCUUAACGCCUAUUCUAUAAAGUUAUCAAUUUCGCGAACACUACAUUUUAAGUAGCAAAACUAACCGAAAAGUUGUUCAGAAACAGUCCGAAUACUGCUGAACACGCUAGAAGAAGUUCCAUGAAGUGAACUCAUUCUUAUGUAGACACUUCAUUGUUUCGUUUACAUAUUCGUAGUUAUGCUAAGAUGAGAUCUACAGCUGGACUGGGCAGAUUAUAUUGAUGUACGUACGCUACAUUCCUUAUUUUAUUUUUAUACAGUAAGAUUGGGACAUUUUUGUAUAAAGCCCGGCAUAAUGAAAAUUUUGGGUGAGAAUUUAUGAUAAAGUAAUCCUUUAUUUGAAUUGUGGUAUCGUGCUAUCCAGACUUGAGCUCAAAAAUCCUGUGUGCCCGAGCAUUAGUUUAGUAUUACGAUACGUUACGUAACGGAAAUCAAGUAAAAUCCCAUUAGAAAUCGAGAUUCUGUACAAUUGUGUAACGAUGUCCGGCUUUGACACUUAUGCCCCAAGUCUUUUAAGUCUCGAUUUAACUCUUAAAGUAAAUAACCCUGCACAAUAGUUGUAAUAAGUAGUCAGUUUGUUCCCAUUCGAAUAGUAAGUACAGUGCCAGAUAGCCAUUAAUUAUAGACAAGCAAAGUGCCUCUAUCAUAACUUGUUUUAUACUGCUCGUACUUACUUUUGUAACUUUGGUACCGUCGUAUUGCGUAAGGGGGUUAUUGCACUUAUUGCGGUAUUCACUUGCGAUCAUUAUAUAUUUAAAGUUGUUUUUGAUUUUGA